AUGGUCACGAUGAUUCCAGUGGAGGAUAUUAUCAGCAUUCACUACACCGUAGAUUUAAAGAAAAGUACAAAAUUGAAAGAAAAUAUGCGACAAGUACCUGUUGUCGAUCAACAAGGAUGCUGCUGUUGUGCGGUGCCUAAGCCUGAACACCAAACAGAAAUGACUACAGAAAAUCAUGUCCAACGAAUGAUUACAAUCCAUCUACAAUACUCUAAGCACAGUAAUUUGGAUACAGUGUCCAAUGCGCGCAUUUUGUCUGGAGAUGAUCGGCAACAAUUCUACAAGGAUCAUUUUCAACCAGCUACGGAGAAGAAAUUCUAUUUGGUUAAUAACAUAGAGCAUGAUUCGAAAGAUUUCGAACAGAAAAAAUUACAAGCGGAGAGCCUUUGCCGAAUUAUUACGCAGAUGAAAGGCAUGAAUGUUGGCGUUCCAUCAACGUCGAUAUCUUAUCCGAAUCCGCAGGAAUUUCAAGAAAUACUAUCUCAGCCUCACUCGAGUGUUUUCGGCGACAUAAGUCAAGAGAGGGUACAUUCUGUACAGGCACAAGCGCUAGGAGCAGUUACCACAUGGACUGCUACACCUAUGGAAGCACGACUGGGGAACAAGCCGAAAUAA